CCAAAACAGGCGGCAGAGCUCCACAGUUCAUUUAUGUGGCUAUCUUAAUCGCACUCUUUAAUGUUGCACACAGUGAGGGAACAUUUCAAACAAAGCUCCUUAAACCAACAUCCACUAUUUGUGAAUUGAUAUCAUGAAACCCAGUUAUUUUUGUUUGUUGGCUUUGAACACUGAAGCAUAUCAGAGUCUGCAGAGAGGAGCCUCAUUUAAACUCCCUCCUGGGAAUAUGAAAGGGGAAGGUUCAGACUCCCCCCUCUCCCCCCUCCCUCCCCUCUCUGCACUCUGUCCGCGGUCAGACGCAUCUGGACUCUGAGAGAACCGGAAUACUUUUUUUACACUUAUUUACGCACCUCAUCCUGAAACAUUGUUUGUAUUUAUGAAGUUUUAAGGAGUAUAAAGAUGUCUUCUUUUUACUGAGAGCUCUGCAGAGGGGUGUGAAACUUUUUCUAAAGGCUAAGUGGAAGGAAAAAAAUCAGGACUGGAGCUGGAGUACCUGGAGUAUUUGUGGAUUUUGGAUUUUUACGCACAGGAUAAUCUCCCUCUAAUAAUAAAGAGUCUCUCCUGGAUGAUCAUGGGGAUGCUGCAGUGACAGUCCCUCAGUUUGGAGGUGUUGUUUGUGGACACUCUUAUUUCCGAGCAGACCUGGACUCAGAGCAGAGAGGAGCUAAAUGCGGCUGACUGGAGGCGACCCUGCACCGGGAACCAUGAACAGCAGCAGCGGCUCGGGGAACUUUCUGCUGGUCCCCAUACCGGAGUAUCCUCUGCUGGACUGCGUGCCCAACAAGACGGUGAAGAUCGUGGUGCUGGGAGCGAGCAACGUCGGGAAAACUGCUCUCAUCGUCCGCUUUCUCACCAAAAGAUUCAUCGGGGAUUACGAAGCAAACACUGGAGCUCUCUACUCCAGAAAGGUCACACUGGAAGGGGAGGAAGUGUCGCUUCAGAUCCAGGACACUCCCUGUGUCGCUCUGCAGGAUGACGCUGAAGGCCUGUACUGCCAAGAACAGAUCAACAGGUCAAUCUACUGGGCGGACGGUUACGUACUGGUGUUCUCCAUCACAGACAACAACAGCUACCGCACCAUCCAGCCACUGUACCAACACGUCAGACGCAUUCACCCCUCUGGAAACAUACCUGUGAUACUGGUUGGAAACAAGAGCGACCUGCUCAGAGCUCGACAAGUUCCUGCAGACGAGGGCGAGACGUUAGCAGCUUCGCUAGGAGGAGUUUACUUUGAGGCUUCAGCCCGAGAGAACCACGAGGGAGUCCACGCCGCCUUCAUGCAUCUCUGUCAGGAGGUGAUCCGAGCGUUGGGAGGAAGUAACGGCGAGAAGCGACGAGGAGGCCUCCACCUAGCCCGACCCAAAUCUCCCAACAUGCAGGAGCUGAAGAGGAGGUUCAGACAGGUUCUAUCAUCCAAAGUCAAGUCUGCAACCACGCUCUGAUGACGGGAUCGAACCCAAAACUCAAAGCAGUCGGACACGUGGAGAAUAACAAGGUCAAGUCCUUCACUGAUGGAAGGAAAACAGCAAGAGGUCUCAAACUGAAGUGUUGGAAUUUGGCGUUUUUAAGGAGGAGAAACAGACGAAUGGAUAAAGACUGAAUGGAGCUGUCUGGCAGUUCAGCUCUCAGCGGUUUGGACCGAGCUCAUGGUCAACAUGACCUAUCAAAGGUUCAAGUGCAACAAGCACGCUGCUCAAAGUGAACGUGUCACAGGCGGAUAAACAAACAGCCGGAGUUGUGGCAGAACUUUGGCCUGUUUACCGUGACGGAGAGCGAGUGUGUCAGUGAGAGAGGCGCAGUUAAUCAGAUCAUGUCUCAGUUUUCUUGAGGCUGGAAAAUCCCAACAGACCUGACUUUCAUUUUUGUUCUUUUAAGAAAAGCUGAUGAGACAGCAGCGGUUUCUUUGUCUCAUUUGAUCUCCUGCUCGUCCCACUUUCUUUGACUUUUGUUGUUAGGAGAGACUUUGUUUAAUGUGCAAGAUCAACUCCAGAUUUCAACUUUUCUGACAGCGCCUAAAUGAAGCAGGAGUCCUUGGUCCUCUUUUUCCUGCAGCCUGUGUGUCUUCAUAAGAAAGCAGUCUGAGAUAAAGCAGGAAAUGACCCCACAAUGCAAACGGUCAGGGACGUUCAGUGGGACAUUUGACAGCCGGAAGGGAAACAGAGUGGAACAAAAAACACAGCAAAGCUCCUGGAAUAUAUGGAAGACAAAGGUGGCCAAAAAUAAAAAUUAUAUAACUGAAACUAA